AUGGGGAAAACUACGGGGCAAAAAGAAAAGGAGCCCGCGCCCCGGGAAGCUUAUGUGAAACCCCCCGGGAGUAAAAGGGCUGGCCAGAGGAGCGACGGGCCCACAGAGUCGCACUUGACGGAUCCGCCCUGCCAAAAAAAACCGUCGCAGCGGGAACUUGUCCAAGACGGACAAAAGCGACCCCCUUCCCCGGGAACCGCUGGAGGAGCUGCCUGCCCGGGCCGGCCGGAGGAAUUGCCUCCCCUGACGGGCCUGGAGGAACCCCCUGCCCAAAAAAACACCCCAGGGGAAUUGCCUCCCCAAAAACCCCGCGCAGAGGGAGAAACCCGGGUUUGGGUACGGAAAUGCCCCAACGACCAUUUGGCGGGGGGGAUCCCGCCCAAGGAAUUGGUGGGUAUCAUUUGCCGGGGGAGUUGCACGCCGAGGUACCCUGGGGGAAAGCUGCCCUGCCCGGGAAAGGGGCCCGGGAAAGGAACAACCCUCCCAAAGGAUACCCUGGGGGAAAGGCAGCCGCCCAUGAAGGGACCAUAG